AUGGCCACCUUAAAGCGAUUCUUUUCAAUCAACAAUACUUGGAAGUUGAAUUUAAAGGACAAAGAGGUUAUCAUUCAAUCAGUGGAUCACAAGACUGUGUUGAUCAAUGAUCUCGAUGUCACUUGUGUUCUCAACAAGAGUUUCCUAAGACUCGAGUUUGUCUUUGAGGAUCAUGUAUUUUACAUUUGCCCUGGACAUGAGUUGCCAUUCCUUGGAUUCAACUCUCAGUUGUAUAUGGAUCAGAUCAAUGUGUUGAAUGGAAAGCAGUACUCUAUUACACCAAUGUGGCAAAGAAUUGCCUUGGUGUCCUUUGUGUAUCUCCUUGGAUCAUUGAUCUCAUUCUGGGCUUUGAUCCCAUUCUCAGUGUACUUGUUGGUAUUAUUCCUAUACUUUAGAAGAACAACCUACACCAUUGAGAAGCUUCCAGCUAAGUUGGUCGGUCCACCAGCCGAGGGAAGUGUCACAACCAACGAGUCCACCCCAUUGAUUGGCAGCUACUCAGUGUCCAACCCAAUUCUCAAUGUGAUCAGUCCAUUGGUUGACAAGGUUAAGAAUAUCACCAAGAAGUCAAACAACAACACUUCAACCCCAAAUACACUUCCAUAUCACAACAACAACAAUAAUGGAUAUUAUGUCCAACCUCAACAACCAUACAUGAAUGGUCAACAAGUACAGACUAGCCCACAAAUGACUUACAUGCCACCUAUGCAGUCAAUGUCACCAAUGCAACCAAUGCAACAACCAUACCAACAUAUGUACCCAAUGCAGUCCGGUCCCUAUCAGGCAUACUCCAAUCCACCAUUGAUGAUGCAACAAGUUGCUCCAUUGCCACAGCCACAAGUGAUUGCUCCACCCCAGACUGCUCCAUCCCAGACUCCACUUCCAACCAACAACAAUGUUGACCACAAGUAA